AUGGCAUCUGUCACAAAAGAGAAAAAAAUUAAAAAAAAAGAGAAAGAUGAAUAAAUACAAAGUAAAUCUUUGGGAAACUUUCAUAAUUUGGAAUUAUUGUGUAAAGCAGAUGAUAGAUAAAAAAAGACAUUAGAAAAAAUAAUUAAAUCGAAACCAGAUUUAGCAAGAAGUUUAAACAUUUAUGCUGAUGGAGUUAAAUAUUAUAUAGCAAGAUAGUAAUAGAGAGAUAAAUUAUUGGCAGCAAAAGACUUACCGUUGAUGGAAGUUUCAGAAGAAUAACUAUAAUAACCAAUACUACCUCUAAUAUCUAACAGAUAAAUGACAAAACAAAACAAAUUUGAUUUCUUACCCCCUAGACUCUUAUCUGAAAGUUUAGAAAAACAAAAUAAAAGAUAAAUUAAUCACAAUAAUUAUACUCCUUUUACAAAUAGAUAAAAAGUAACAAUUCCUGCAUUAAAUCCCUCUUUGAAAUUUAAUAAAGAUAGAAAUUUACCAAAAUUAAAGGUAUUUGUUAAUACUAUUCUAAGUUCAAUUAUUAUGUAGGAUCAGGAAAUAAUGGAGAACUUGUAAAACGAAUUUUAUAAAAGAGAGAAUAAUAUUGGACAGCAGUACCAUAAACAUUUUAAUACAAACAUUUUAUAUGGUAAUAAUCAUAUUUUGGUAUGGAUUUUAAUCGUUUAACACCAUCAGAAAGUUGUUUUGUAAGAGUAAUGUAUAAUUUCUUUGAAUUUCAUAAGAACAUUACAUCGAAGACAGGUAUGUUUUAGAAUUAUUUUUAGGAUUAUCUUAAUCUUUACUUUAAUAUUAUAACAAUAUAGAGAGGACUUUUGAUAUUAUACCUUUAGUUUUUAUUUUUAAUUUCAAAAAUUAGGAUUGGGUGAAAGAUGUUUAGUAAUUUACAGAAUUUUAUCAAACGAAUAAUCCAUUAGGAUAAACUAAUAUGAAAUCUUCUUUAGAAUUUGAUUUUUAUCUAUCAAAUCUGGCAGGUACAAAAGUCAAUUAUAAUGGAAUUAAGUCUUAUAAAUUGUAGGAAACUUUAGUGAGUAAAACCUAAUAUUUAUGGCUUUUGAAACCAGCUGAUUGGAAUAGAGGAGAGGGUGUUCAUGUUUUUAGCACUCUUGAAGAAGUUGAAGCCUUAAUUAAGUCUUAUUACAAUGGAAAAGGAAACUAUGAGUGUAAAGAGUUUGUUAUUCAAAAAUACAUUGAAAGACCAUUGUUAUUGAGUGGAAGGAAAUUUGAUAUAAGAUGUUGGGUUCUCAUAUCUUAAGAUAUGCAAUACUUUUUAUUUAAAGAGGCCUAUAUAAGAACAAGUGGAGCAACAUUUUCAUUAGAUGAUGUAAAAUAAAAAUUAAUAAAAUUAGAAAGAUAGGUACAUUCAUUUAACAAAUAAUGCAGUUUAAAAGAAUGCAUAAAAUUAUGGAUAAUUUGAAGAUGGUAAUUAAUUAUCUUUAAAGAGAUUUUAAGAGUUAUUAGAGUAAAUAUUAUUUUAAAAAUAGUCAACAAGAAACAGUUUAUGAUUUUAGAAAGUAAGGUUGGCCAAUGAUUAAAGAUGUUGUUAAAAUAACAAUGAAUUCAACUAGAUUGAAUAAAAGAAAUAGAAAAUAUGGGAUGCAAUUAUUAGGUUAUGAUUUUAUGAUUGAUGAAAAUCUAAAGUUAUGGUUGAUAGAAGUCAAUGCAAAUCCAUGUUUGGAAGAGAGUUCUAAUUUAUUAAAAAUGUUGAUACCUCGUAUGUUGGAUGAUGCCUUUUAAUUAACUCUGGAUAAAGUAUUCACUCCAGAAGUGGAUCAUGGUUAAUAGAUGCCAAAAUAUAAGGUUGAUGAAUAUGAGGAUUAAGAGAAUAUGUGGGAAUCAUUGGGUAUUUGUAGUUGA